AUGACUAUUUGGCGCAUUUUUAUCGCGUUUUCCAUUUCUGGAGAACUUCGAACGAUUUCUCGGUCCUUUUGCAGGGGUGCUGAAGAAGAGGAUGACGAAGGUGAAGAAGACGAAGAUGUUGAAGCAUUCACAGACACAAGUCAUCGCGAUGAUUUAAUACUAGUAACGACAAACAACACUAAUAAUGGUCGAAUUUUCAAUGAGAAAGGGCGGCCGUUCUGGAAAGAUAAAAAACUCAAGUCAGAAAUUCCAAAACUGGAUAGAAAACCGCUGUCUUCUUUACUGUUUCUACUCGCAGACAAAAAACUGAUGUUGAAGGAAGCCUAUAUGGGAGGUCAAGAUGAAGAGCUGGACGACCUGAUGAGCAGAGAUAAAAAGCAUUUCAACGAGGAGCUUGUACUCAGCAACACAGUGCGCUCAAUCAUAGCCACACUGGACGGCUUGGAAGAUUUCGCAAAAAAUAAGCCGCAAUCUAUCCGAAAGCUUGAUGUGGUGGAGCCAACAACGGCAAUUGCUUAUUCAAGGCACUACCCGCAAAAGAACGAAACGGUGCCAUUCGUCUAUUCUGGAUUAGGCGUCUGCAGAUCUGCCAAAAAGAAGAAGCAUCGGCGCCGCUCUUCGAGCUCCAGCAAUAGUAAUAGUGGUAGUAGUAGUAGUAGCAGCAGCAGCAGUUCAAGUUCAAGUAGUGAGCACGAGACACCUAGUAGGCGAGCGAGAAGGAAGAGAAAAAGCCGCGACGGGAAACCGGAGGAGAAGGAUAGAAGUCAAAGAAGUAUAAGAAGGAAAAAAACUAAGAAGAAAAAUGACAAUUAG